AUGAAUCAAGGAAAUAAUAAGAAUGAUAAUGGUCGAAUGUCUAUUCCUCAAUUAUUACAUGAUUCUCGAAAUGACCUAGAUGAACGAAUUCAAAUUUCUUCACAUGCAAUUCAUUAUGCCACCGAUAAUUUACUUCCAUCGAUUAAAUUUGUAUGUAUACCAAAAUUGCAAAAUUCGAAAGAUGGGGGGAAAAUUGUCCAGGAAUUGAUUAAAUCAAUUGAAACAAACUUUCGAGCGGAAAAUAAAAACUAUUCGAAACCUUUGGCAUUUGAUGUGUGGUAUGUUGAUUUAAAUGGGGGCUUGAUUUGUCUUACGAAGUCAGCACAAAUGUUUGUUUAUUUUUGCAAGGCUGAAAAUUUACUGUUAAAAAUUUUGGAAACAAAUAUUUCAAUGCAACGACCAAAAAAUCUUCCUGCCCAAUUUUCGGUGCGAUGUGGAGAAACAAGUGUUUAG